CUUUGUUGGUCUUGUUUGAUCGGCGAUUGGCGGUAGUUGAUGGCUGUUCAAUUUUUCGGGUCUCUUCUUGCGCGCAUUACGCAUUUGACUUUUGUGAGUUCAAGUUGUUUUGCUUCAUUCGGUCUUUGGUUUUUUAGUCGUUCACUACGCUUUACUCCGUCUGGUUUUUCUUUGAUUUUAAGGUGGUUUGUAAAACAACAACAAAUUUAUGUACAUUUAGGUACAUAUUCAACGCUGGCAGACAGACAGUAAUAUAGAUUGUGUGUUAAAUUGUUAAAGAAUUCGUCGUGCAAACAGGUGAAAGUUGUGCGUGUGUCAAGUAUUUGAAAUCAAAUCCCCGCCGUCGCGUAUUAACAGCCAUCAAGUCACCAUCACUAGUCAGCGGUAUCCUAGCUCGACCAUAUAUAGGUUGAUAAGCUUGUACAACGCUCCCCUUUACAAAUGUGGCCUGAAAAUGUCGGUAUACGCGCCAUCGAGGUGCUUUUUCCCUCCCAGUACGUAGACCAAACUGAGCUGGAGCAAUUUGAUGGCGCUUCAGCUGGUAAAUAUACCAUCGGUUUGGGUCAAGCCAAAAUGGGUUUCUGCUCGGAUCGCGAAGAUGUCAAUUCACUGUGCCUCAGUGUUGUUACACGUCUGCUGGAACGCUAUGAUAUUAAGCCACAAGAAAUUGGACGUCUAGAAGUCGGCACCGAAACAAUCGUCGACAAAUCGAAAUCAGUGAAAUCGGUGCUGAUGCAGCUCUUCGCCGACUCAGGCAACACAGAUAUCGAAGGUAUCGAUACAACGAAUGCCUGUUACGGCGGCACUGCUGCGCUUUUCAACUCCAUCAACUGGAUUGAAUCGUCCAGUUGGGAUGGCCGUUAUGCGUUGGCCGUGUGCGCCGACAUAGCCGUGUACGCGCAGGGUGCAGCGCGUCCUACUGGUGGCGCUGGUGCCAUUGCCAUGUUAGUGGGCCCCGAUGCGCCGCUCGUGUUCGAGCGUGGUCUACGCGCUACACACAUGGAGCACGCCUAUGACUUCUACAAGCCUGACUUGAGUUCCGAGUACCCCACAGUGGAUGGUAAAUUGUCGAUACAGUGUUAUCUCUCUGCGCUGGAUACAUGCUAUCAGCUGUACUGUAAAAAGUUCGCCAAGAAGUAUCCCAGUGCGACGCAAGUGGGAUUGGACAACUUCGAUGCGCUACUCUUUCAUACGCCCUUUUGCAAGCUGGUGCAAAAAUCAGUUGCGCGUGUUGUUUUCAACGAUUUCUUGCUCUGCAGCGCUGAGAAGCGUGCGCUCAAAUAUCCCGGUUUGGAGCGCUUCAACGAAUCGACGCUGGCGAACACCUACUUCGAUCGCGAUGUAGAAAAAGCUUUCAUGACGCAAUUCGCCGAUGUUUUCGAGGCGAAGACGCGCAAGUCACUGCUGCUCGCCAAUCAGGUGGGCAAUAUGUACACACCCUCCGUGUACUCUGGCCUCGUUUCGUUGCUGGUCAACAACGCGCCCGAGCAACUGGUGGGCAAGCGUAUUGGCGUCUUCUCUUACGGAUCCGGUUUGGCCGCCUCCAUGUAUUCAAUUUUGGUGACAAAAGAUGAAAAAGUCUUCCAGCAAUUCGUAUCCAAAUUGGAUUACGUGUUGCCAUUGUUGAAUUCACGUGAAAAAGUGGCACCUGAAGUGUUUUCGCAGCUGAUGGCAGUGCGUGAGAAGAACAACCAUGCAGCGCCAUAUACGCCGAGUGGUAGUGUGAGUGCGCUAUUUCCCGGCACCUAUUACCUCAAGGAUGUGGAUGACAAGCAUCGACGUACGUACGAGUGCACGCCAAGCUUUGCGAACGGUGUGCAUUAGUCGGCAAUCGGCGCAAAUUGUGGAUGUGGUGUGAUGGUGCGCGCUAGCAGCAGGUGGGAGACAUGGUGCUACGCUCUCUGUGUGGGAUAUGUAAUCACCUUAGCGCCAUAGGCAAUGCUUUAAAUUAGCAUGAAUUAAGCGAUACACAAAUACUAUAUUUAACUUAAAAUUUUUUGGUGCGCAAUUAUAAUUUUAAGAGUAUGUUCUUUUAUAGUGAUUCUAAAGAAACACUUGACAAUAAUAGUUUAUUUGCAAUAAUGUUGCUUACAACUGUACGCAACCAAACACAUUUAAGUAUACAUAUGUAAAUAUGCAAUAAGCGAUUGCAUCAACUAAUUGCUGCUAACUGAAAUGGCUAAAUUGAAAAAAAAAAAAUAAAGCAAGAGAAACAAAUAUUGUUGUAGAGGCCACGUUACGGUUUGGCGCACUUGUACAGACUUCAAGCCAAUUUAAGAACGCGGCAAGGAAGUGGUAAUUUACGCAGACGAAUGACGCAGCUCUGCCUUGUACAUACCUUAUUAAUUGACUGCAAUAGUAAUUUGCUUUGUUAUUUGCGUUCUUGUAAGCAAACAUACAUUUGCUAAGCACAUCAUGUACUUACUUUAAAUUAAAAAUUCAAACUUUUUCCUGUUAUAUAGUCUAACCUUCGUUUAGUGACCGCUUCUAUCCAAAAGCAAUUAACUUCUUAAGUAUAAAAAAAUAUAGAAAUCAUGCAGGGAUAAACCCAAAAGUUGUGCUUACGCUUAACAACGGAUAAAUGUCUUAUGUCAAGAACCAUGUAGCUUUAUAUGUAUGUAUGUACAUGCAUGUGUGAAAAUAGCAGCAUAUAUUUAUGAACGUAAAUUAAAACAAAAUUAUGUAAAAACUCUGUAGAGCCCUAGGUAAGGACAAAAGUCUACCAAUCAAAAGCAAGUCUCGUCUUGGCUAUGUAUGUAUAUGUCAUAUAAAUACUUGAAAAAUAAUUUUUGCUACCCCUAGAUGAUUGAAUAACGAGAAUUUUACCAAAAGCUAACAAAAAAAAAACAGAACACUGAUCCCCAAUAAAAUGUACUUUGGAAGUUUUAUACCAAUUUUUAUACAUGUACAUAUAGUAUACAUAAAUUUUAUGAUAAGAUUAAUAAGAAUCAUUUACGUACGGCUAGGCUAUUAAUCUAACAAACUUUAAUAUAAUUAAAGCAACUUGCUCUUAUCUGAUAAGCGAAUUAUUGUGUAUCAACAAAUUAACUGCUGACAAUUAUCAACCA